AUGGAUGGGAAUAAGCUAGAGGGGAAAGUCCCACGAUCUUUGAUCAAUUGCAAAUAUUUGGAAUUCUUUGAUUUAGGUAACAAUGAGUUGAAUGACACAUUUCCAAAAUGGUUGGGAGCCCUACCUGAUUUGCAGAUUUUAAACGUGAGAUCAAAUAAGCUGCAUGGCCCUAUAAAUGAUGCAAGGACUGCCAACUUGUUUGCUAAAAUUCUAGUAAUAGAUCUCUCAUCCAAUGGAUUAAGUGGAGAUUUACCUAUGAGCCUUUUUGAGAAUUUUCAAGCCAUGAAAAUGAUUGGUGAGAACAUUGGAACCCGAGAAUAUGUAGCAGAAACAUAUUCUACUUUAUACACAAGCUCUUUGAUAGUGACAACAAAGGGACUAGAUCUUGAACUUCUUCAAGCUUUGACUACGGACAUAAUUAUCGAUCUCUCAAGGAAUAGAUUUGAAGGUUCUGUCCCAAGUAUUAUUUGGGAUCUAACUAGACUUUGUACGUUGAACUUAUCUCAUAAUAACUUGAGAGGUCAUAUACCAGCAUCAAUGCAACAUUUAUCUGUACUUGAAUCAUUGGAUCUCUCAUCCAACAAAAUCUGCGGAGAAAUUCCAUAA